GACACGUUUCAGGGGCUUAGGGAUGCUUGAGGGAGGACCAAGCGGUGCAACAGGCCCAAGUCGCGUCGAGCAGCUCCCAAGUCACUGAGCACAGUGUUAUAGAAUCUCAACGCACAAAGCAGUCACAAAUGGCUAGAGCACGCGUUGAAGCUUACAUGCAAGCAAAAGUGUUGUGAUUGGCGAGGUCGCCCGACAUAACACCCCAAUCCAUUGCUCACAACUUUGAGCCAUUCUGUCACUGUCUGGGCUCCGCUCCCUUCGCGCGUCAGUGACAAGGACGAGGAAUGUCCGCCCUGAACCUUCGUUCGUCUAGGCUGCAGGCGCCUCGCGGCGCGGUGCAGCGUGGUGCUGCCAUUGUGCCAAAGGCAGUGCAUAAUGAUUCUCCUAGCGCCCUCGUCGCUGGUCUUGCCUCAGUGGUGCUGCUGUCGAGCGCGACGCCUGCCUUUGCCGAGGAACUGCCCGCGGUCGCUGUGUCACAGGAGGUUGUCAUCGAGCUCUCGGCGGCUGCAGGCAGCGAGGCUGCUGUGCAGCUGGUCACGGCGCCUGCGAUCCAGGAGGUUGUGAGCGACAUUGCUUCUGCAGCCGCCGUGGCGGAGGCGCCCGCCGCAGCAGCAGCCCCGUCUGCCGCCGCUGCACCAACCACCGCGGCCGACGCCGACGCCGGUCUGGGCUCGGACCUACGCAGCCUGCUGCUGCAGACCCUGGCGGCGGUGGAGGGCCGGUCGGCGCCCAAGCAGCAGGAGCCAGCGCCGGCGCCAGCCGCAGCCCAACAGCCGGCGCAGCAGCGACAGCAGCCAGAGGCGCCGCCGCCCAUAGCAUCCAGCUCUGCAGCCCGCGAGGAGUCCCAGGCGGCGGCGGAGGCGGAGGAGGCGGUUGCAGCGGCUGCGGAGGAGGCGGGAGCUGCUGUGUCGCAGGCGUCAGCCUCGGACAGCAGUGCGGAAGCCGGGGCGGUACCAGACGUGACCCCAGUCGAGGCAGCGACAGAACCGGCAGCUGCCAAGGAGGUGGCGCAGGAGGAGGCAGGGGCCGAAACCGCAACAGCACAGCCGGCGGAAGCCGAAGCGGCAUCAGCCGGCGAGCCGCCAGCCACUGAACCUGCCGUUGCUGCCGCUGCCGCCGGUGCUGCUGUCAAUGUCAACGCCGACACCCCUGCCACCACUGCCGCCGCGCCUGACUUGCCCGCGCCUGUUGCAGAGCCCGCAGUGGCGGUGGUCGAGGAGGUGCAGCAGGAGGCGGUGACGGAGGCGGCGGCGGAGGUGCAGGAGGAGGCGGUGGAGGAGGCCGCUGCCGCCGCCCCAGCUGAGGAGGAGGCGCCGGCGCCUGCGCCUGUGGAGGCGAGCGCGGCUGCCGCCGCCCCGGCUGGCGAGGAGGAGCCUGCGCCGCCCGCCCCCGUGGCGGUUGAGGAGGUGGCAGUGCCCGAGCCAGAGCCCGUGCUCGCGGCAGCUGUUGAGGCUGCCGUGGAGGAGGUGGCGGCGGAGGCGCCCGCGCCGGAGCCCGUGUCGGCGGUUGAGGCGGCGGUAGAGGCGGUUGAGGCGGUGGUUGAGGCGGCGGUGGUGCCGGUGCCUGCCGCGCCCAUCACGGAGCUGGUUGAGGAGUCGCCCUUCGCCGCGCCCGAGGCCAUCGUGCCCGCGGAGCCGCCCAUGCCGGAGGCGGCGGCCGAGGCCGCCGCCGCCAGCGCCGCCGCCACCGCCGUCCUGGAAGCGGUGGUGGAGCCCGUGACGGAGGCGGCGGAGGCGGCCGGCGCCGCCGCCGCCGCGGCCGCCACCGCCGCCACCACCGCCGCGACCACCGCCGCCGCCAGCGCCGCCGCCGCCGCCGCCUCGCCGUCGGUUGACUUCCAGGAGCUGCUGGCCGGCAUCACCGCCGCGCUGAGCGCCGCCUCCGGCUCCGCCGCGGGCGCCGACGGCGCCGCCGCCGCGCCGGCUCCUGAGGACGUGGAGCGCGUGACGUACCUGGCGCUGGGCUCGGCGGCGGUGACGUUCGCGCUGACCUUCUUUGUGGCCCCGCAGUUCCGCAGCUCCUUCAAGGAGCCUGUGGACUGGCGGGAGAUGUACAAGGUGCUGGUGGCGCGCGGCGGCGUCAAGACCGUGACGCCGCAAGAGGCGGCUAAGCGGGCCAAGAGCGGCGCGGUGCUGCUGGACGUGCGGCUGGCUGAUAAGGCCGCCGCCCGCGCCGCACUGCCCUCGCUCAACCUGCCGCUGUACCGGCCCAUCACCGGCUCCGGCCUGGCCGCCAACAUCCGCCGCGUGGGCUUCGCCUUCUUCGGCAUCUUCGGCACCGAGCUGAACCCCAACUUCGUGGCUGAGGUGGCGGCCAAGAUCCCCAAGAACAAGGAGGUGAUUGUGCUGUGCGAGAGCGGCGGCACGCUGGAGAACAAGCCCGGCACCCAGUUCGGCUUCCAGUCGCGCUCGCUCAAGGCCGUGUACUACCUGACCAUGGCCGGCUACACCAAGGUGGCGCACAUGAAGGGCGGCCUGGGCGAGUGGGAGCGCGAGGGCCUGCCCACCACCGCCGCCCCCGAGCCAGUGGCCGCCGCCGCCUCCAAGCCCGAGCCCGCCUCCAAGCCCGCCUCCACCCGCGGCUCCAAGCCCACCAGCCAGGCGGGCAGCCAGGCAGGGAGCAAGGCGGGCAGCCAGGCGAGCAGCAAGGCUGGGAGCCAGGCAGGCAGCCGGGCUGGCAGCCAGGCGAGCAGCAAGGCUGGGAGCCAGGCAGGCAGCCGGGCUGGCAGCAGCAAGGUGGGCGGCAGCGGCAAGACGCCCAGUGCCAAGGACCUGGUCUCGGCGGUCAACCGCACCUUUGGUGGCCGCAAGUAGAGGCGAGGGAGUUUGGAAUCGGAGGCAGAGGGCAGGCGAGAGCGGAGCUGAGUGCCAGUGAGGUGGUCGGGCCAAUGCGGCGAUCAUAGUGGGUGUGGCAACAUCAGGGGCGCAAUGACACGGAGGAGCGGCGCGAUCACACGGCGUGCAGGCGUGCGUGCGCGCAGAGGUCGUGGGUUUUAGGGAGUGGCACUGCGCCGUGAAGGGGUGCCGGUGGGUGGCGCGCGAUGGGGCGUUGUGUUGCUGUAGUGGUCGUGCGGUGGUGCGGUGGCGGGAGGCGACCACGCAGCGCCCGCGGGUGGGGGGCGUGCGGAGCCUGAGGUGCUUUGUGGAUGCCAUGUGCGCGAUGUGGCUGUGAGCAGGAGCGGAGCGAGCUGAGAGCGUUGGAGGGUGGGGUUAGACUUGUAUGUGUGUGUUUUGUUGGCAGACUGAGAGGGCUUGUAGACGUAGGAUAGGCCGAGUGUUAUGGAUGAGCGGUAUGAGAUUGAUAGGUGAACGGCUUUCAUGAUAUUAAUUGCGGAUGGGAGGUGGUGGGACCUUGGCUAGCGCCAUGCGGCUGCCGUGCGCAGUGCUGACAUGUGCGGGUUCGCGCAAGCCGGCUAAUGCCAUGCGUGGCAGCCUAGCAGGAUAGGAUGCUGGAGCCAGGGGGGGGGGUAGGAAACAAAGUGCCAGACCCCAUGCCCCGAAAUCCCCCGGGACCCCCCUUGAGGGGACGACCGACCCCCCGACGGACAA